CAGGCCAGGCUGGGGAUCGGAGGUCAGGAACAUCAGAGCAGCGUUAGAAGAGUCCAAGGUUUCCUCUUAGGACGGAGUAGAACAACAACUGGAGUCACCAGGAAAAAAGGCUGAAGGGAGGUGGCCAAGAUGGGCUACUCAGCCCUAGCCACAACAACUUUGUUGUUGGGACUGGUGACUGCUACUACACUGGCAGAAGUGGCUGAGAAUAGGACACGAAUAUGCCAGCCUGCACCUCUCUGGAAGAUCAGUGGAACAACCCCAAUGGCUGGGAUGGCGGGCCAAGUGAUAGUGGUGGCACUGCUGAAAGCCAGCUGACAGUUCUGUCUCAAGCAGGCUGCCAGUCUUGGCGGCUUGCAGAAGAAGCUGUCCCAUGAAGGGGUGGCGAACGUCAGCUUCAUGAUUGUCAAUGAGAAGACUCCUUUCUCCAGGGCUAUGUACUGGGAGCUCAAACGGCAUGCCCCUGAAGGAGUUCCAGUUUACCAGCAACAGAUCCUGGAACCUGAUGUCUGGCAAAUUCUAGAUGGAGACAAGGAUGACUUCUUGAUUUAUGACAGGUGCAGCAGGCUAACUUUCCACAUCCAAUUGCCAUACAGUUUUCUGCACUUACCCUAUGUUGAAGCAGCUGUGCGCUAUACACACAACAAAGACUACUGUGGCAAUUGUUCCUGGUACUCCUCUAACAGCAGCCAAGAGGUGAAAAACACACCAGGUACUCAUGUGAUGACAACUGAAGCUACCAGACCCAAAGAGGAGAGCCUGGAAGGACACAAGCACAGACAUGAAGAAAAAAACAAGGAGGCACCUAAUACAACACAUCACUAUUCACAUCAUGGAGGAAUUAGCAACCAUAAAGCCUUGGGUUUAACCAGCACAGACCAGCCAUUCCUCCACUCUCAGAGCCACUCACAGAAAUACAAAGGAGGGGGGGCUCAGUAAAACGGUUUAACUUCCAUGGAAGCAAAACAUAGAUACGUAGAUACACUAAACAAAAUAAAAAUAAACAACCUAUUUAAAAAUGACAGGGAGCAAAUUUACAUGAAUCAGAAAGAAUAAGCAUGAGCGUUUUGUUUUCACAGGGCAAAGGAACUGAAUAUCCCAAAUCCCAUCCUAAAUUAAUACAGAUUCUCAAUCCCUCUAUUGAUAGCAGACAACAUAACACAAGCCUUUUGUUAUGCGAUAUUUGCAAUGGGAAAGUAUAAUUACAUAUCCAUAAUAAGAACUGUCUACUCUUUUUGAACCAAUUACACUGGCAUUUACCAGUUUUGUUCCACAAAACCAAACGUGACAUUUACAUGCCCUUUUAGCGAUUUCUGUGUUGAAGAUUGCCUGAGAUAGCAGCCAUCUUACCUUCUGCAGGAACACAUAGAUGUUGCAGCCCUCUUCCUGCUCGGAAACCAGUUUUGACCCCCUUUUUACAUUUCCUGCUUUUCUGCACUCAAUGAAGCCUGGGGUGUAAACUGAUUAUCACAGUCACUGCAGGCUGAAACUGUACAGAAAAGUGCGUCAGAGGUGAAGAGAUGGGAUCAGAACCAGUAUUUGCAGGAGGGUGACUGACUAAAUCAGAAGAGAGUCUGAAAUCUGAGGGAGGCUGACUUUGGGCCUGGAGCCGAACGUUUUGUACACUAAGGUCCUAAUGAAUUAUGAAAUUGGAGACUGUGACAUGUGUUGACUUGCUGGAAGGAAAGAUCAUCUGUGGUUUGUGGGAACAGAGGUGGCGAGAUGGAAUUAGCCAAGUUUGCAGAUGUCAAUACUGCACAUAGCCAGGAAGGAAGGUUUAGUAUGAGGUUUGAGCAAGUAGCAAUGCACUGAGAGCCGAUCUUGGGAAGAAAAUCCAUCCAUGUCACAUAUCUAAAAGGUUGUAUAGCUUGCUGAUGAAAUGUAGUAAAACCGUGUAUUGGGAAAGACGGUGGAAAUAAAUUCUCUAAAAUGGA